AUGGCCAACGAUAAUGAACAGCAACGAUUGUACCAGCCCAAGCCGCUUACUGCCAUCACUCGAUCCUCAUCGCAAUCGUCCUUCUUGAGCCGCCAAGACACACCUGUGGAUAUCGACGGAAUGAGUUGGCCAAGUAUAGGAUCCAAAGAAAGACGUGACGAAACGACUCAAGAUCGCGAAGAACGACAAAAAAAGAUCUCAGAGGCUGUGCGUACCAUUCUCUCUUGCAUUGGUGAAGAUCCUGAUCGUGAAGGAUUGCUCAAGACACCUGACCGAUAUGCCAAAGCAUUGCUCUUUUUCACAAAAGGAUAUGAGCAGAAUAUUCGAGAUGUUAUCAAUGAUGCUAUCUUUGAAGAAGACCAUGAUGAAAUGGUGCUUGUCAAAGAUGUGGAUGUCUUUUCGCUGUGUGAACAUCAUAUGGUGCCCUUUACUGGCAAGAUAAGCAUUGGCUAUAUUCCAAAUCGUCGUGUCGUUGGUCUCAGCAAAUUGGCGCGUAUCGCAGAAAUGUUCACCAGAAGAUUGCAAGUACAGGAGCGUGUCACAAAGCAAAUCGCCACUUCUCUUAUGGAGAUCUUACAACCCCAAGGUGUAGCCGUUGUCAUGGAAGCCUCACACUUGUGCAUGUGUAUGCGAGGAGUGCAGAAACCUGGAAGUGCCACAACAACAAGCUGCAUGAUGGGUGUUUUCCGAAGCAACCCAAAGACCCGUGAAGAGUUUCUUACAUUGAUCAGACGAUAG